CGUGAGUCCCUAAAACCUUCUACAAUAUUAUCAGAUACCUUGUUUGAGAUAGAUGAUCAUCUUACGUUCCAAGACCUUUUACAACAAGCUGAUGUUGAAUAUGAAAGUAAUGAGAUAGUGAAAGUUGAAAUUCGCUGUGUAGGAAAUAAACAGUAUAAUACUGUUGCAUCAGGAGUUAAAAGUAGUUUAAUAUUAUGUCGAAAGGAUGAAAGAAAUGUAUCACAUAUACGAUUUACAAUUAAAGAUGGAUCUAUUCAAUCAACUAGUUCUAGUAAUCAAUUAGAUGCAUUUAAUAUUAUUAUGGAGCGGUCUACACAACGUUCUCUUCCUCCACUAAAAUCUAGCAAUUCUAAACGUGAUAAAUUAUAUAAUGAUAUUCUUAGCAAACUAAAAGAUAAAGAUUGUGGAUGGUUAGAUGGAAAAGAAAUUACUAUAGGUAAACAAUUUGUAGAAAGUCUUACAGCUUUGCUUUGGGAACUUGAUGAGCAUCAUCAGAAAUUACAUGAUCGAGGUUGUCAAAUUCCUGAAAUUUUUUUAACUUUACAUGGUUAUCAAAACAAGCAAUAUUAUAAAAAAGAAUCUCAUCACAAAAAAGGAAUUUUGCAACGCUCUAAACUUGAAUUGUUAGUGGAGGCUGUUGAAAAGUGUAUAACUCAACCUUGGGCAGGAAGCGAAUCUUGGAAUGAAUUUAUAAAUGAAGUUUUUAUGUUAAUUUCAUGUGUUCAAAAAUAUAUCUUAUAUCUUGAACAUGUUAGUAAUAGUGUUAAUACAAUUCGUAAUGCUGUAGAACCUGCACGUAAUCCAGUAGAUAAUAGUAAUAUUGAGAUUCGAAUAGAAUGUUUUAGACAAAAUCUUAAAGAAUGUUAUAAGUUGCUAGCUACAAAAAUGCACGAUGUAAAUGACUAUGAGGUUGUUUUACUUGAUGAAUAUUUGCCAGUAAAUAAAUAUGAAUGA